UGAGACUGGUAGCAUAACAUUGUCACCCAGAGUUUUGAGAACACGCUCUGGACGUACUGUGAAACCUGCUGUCAAGCUGACAUACUAGCCAGAAGAAAAGUGUUGACUGCUCACGAAGCUGCCUCGUAUCUGUAAGCUGCCUUUGAACCGUGUAUUACACAUCCAUGGGAGACACGGGUUCCUGGUUUGUCCCCUCAUCCAUCCACCCACGGUUCCUAUCCCAGCUGUCCCCCUCUGCAGACCUGGCCAUCGCUGUCUUCCUCACCUUCGCAGCUGUCGCAUCACUGCUGGAGAAUGGCACAGUGUUGUUAGUCUACUGUAGGGGAAGAAAGAAGCUCAGACCUCCAGAUCUCCUGACCAUCAACCUGGCACUCAGCGAUUUUGGUGUCAGCCUCUUGGGAGCGCCAUUUUUCAUAAUUUCCAGCCUGUGCCAUGCCUGGGUGUUUGGGGAGACAGGCUGCCUUUGGUAUGGCAUUCAGGGCUUUGUGUCUGGCAUUGGCUCUAUGCUCACCACCUGUCUUAUCACUCUGGAACGUUGCCUGAAGAUCUGCUGCUUAAGAUAUGGACAAUGGAUUGACAGGCACCAUGUGUCUCUGUCCAUAGCAGUGGUGUGGGCUUACACAUUGUUCUGGGCCUUACUGCCUGCUUUUGGCUUUGGAAGUUAUUGACCAGAACCUUAUGGGACCAGCUGCACCAUUAACUGGUGGAGAAUGAGGUCGUCUUUGAAUGACAGAAUCUAUAUUGUCCUCGUCCUGACAGUAUGCUUUGGAUUUCCUUUACUUACCAUCAUCACUUCAUAUUUGGUCAUCCUGUUGACGGUCUACAGAUCUAAUCGCGCUCUGGCAUCUAUACCGUCCUCCUCUGUCAGUCACACUAGCAAAGACCUGAGACUUGCAAAGGGAGCCUCAGCCUGUCUCAGAGCUGUAGGAAGAAAAUGAGAGACACCGUAUCCUUGUCGGUGGAAAAGAAAAACAGACAUGUUUUGUACUUUGCCUCCUCGGACAGUGAAGGCAAAGCAGAGACACUUCAGCAUCGGUGGACAGAAGACCAGGAGAAAUCUGAGAGGGUCCACAUCCAGCAACCCUGUCACUGUCAAAAUGUAUGUCAUGAAAACAACUUAUGCUUAGUCUAAUCAGUCAAAAUAAGUUUAAUCAGCCUAUGUGGGUUUAUCAUGGGUGUGCAGGGCCUUUAUAGCCUAGUGCAGGUCUAGCACUCUGAGCGACAAUGAAAAUGAAUCAUGUACUAGCCUACUCAAAAAAAAUGACUUUCUUUUGUUUAGCAACUGUGUAACUGUUUAAAAGCUAUAGCCUAACUGUCAUCGGUCUGGUUUUUAGUUGUAGUUGCCAGGUUAUUCUGCUACGGGAGCCCCCAGUCCUCUACUGUGUUUCUACGCUUGAAUAUGUUCUGGCCCCAGGUUAGCUGCGUGGUGUUGAAGAUAUUUUAUUUAGCAUUUAGCCAUGAUGUUUGAGUAUUCCAUAUGCCUAGCUUGAUAACUACUAAAUACUAGUGUAAUGUUUAACAUGUUUAUUAGAAUAAUGUUUAAGGUGUUUAUUUAAAGAUACAUUGAGGUGCAGUUUUCUCUCACAGCUUGUUGCUCUCAGGCUAUGGCCUUCACAUUUUUGUAAAGAACACAAACACCGGCCAGUUGAACAGUGUUGCUAGCCGGCCGUAUCAGAGGCUCAGGCUAACAAUUUAGAAUUAAUUGCAUAUUUGAUUGAGGGACAAUAGGGCCUAUUUGGAUUUUAACAAAUUGUUGCUAGCACCUGCCCUCAGACUUCAUAAAAUACAAGACUAGACACAUGAAUACAAUGGGCCUUUGGAAGUGGACCACAACUCUGAUGGCUGUCACAGUGCAGUUGGCACAGCACAUAAAGUUUGUACUUUGAACUGUGUAGUUGUUUUAAGCAUAUACAAUGUUUUGCUAAUAUCAAGAUGAUGUCUUACUGAUCACUGUCACAUUUCAGUCUUGUUACUUUAUAAGUGUUGUAGGGUAGAAUACACUGUUGUUUUAAUAUUGAAUAUGUGUGGAGAUGGAAAUGGAGGUGGGUCUGAUCCUAAGACCCACAAGAGGAGCAAAACAGGAUAUCAACCAGUGCAAUGCAGAGUUUGGAGAGUCUGCUCCAGGGACCAGCUCAAAUACACAUUAAGUAUUUGUAUUUGUUUGAAAUAUUACUAAACUUGAGUUAAUUUGAA